AUGCGUGAGCUGCGCUCGUUCGACUGCUUCUCCCGCAUGAUGAAGGUCCCGGAGGAUCUGCGCACGCAGUCGUCAACAGGCGGGCUAGUGUCCAUGAUCUCUCUCCUUGUCAUCUCAUGUCUCUUCCUCUCCGAGCUGCUAUCCUACCUCACCCCCGAGCGCACAACAUCUCUCUCCGUGGACGCGGGCCGCGACGAGCUGCUGCGCAUCCACCUGGACGUGGACUUCCCGUUCGUCAACUGCGAGAUCAUGGGCGUCGACGCCCUGGACGUGGGCGGCACGGCCCAGCUCGAGAUCACCAACCACAUGUUCAAGACCCCCAUCGACCACAAGGGCCGCCCGAUCUCGAGCGCCGACCGCACCAGGCUGGCGCGCCACGCCGCCAAGCAGAGCGCCCCCAACGCCGUCCCGUCCCCGUCCCCGUGGAAGAACGGAUGCGGCUCGUGCAUGGGCGCUCAGCUGGCCGCCGAUCAGUGCUGCAACACGUGCGCCGAGGUGAAGGCCGCGUAUGAGAAAAGAGGCUGGCUGCUCGUCGAUCUGAAGCACGUCCCGCAGUGCGUGCGCGAGGGGAUUACGACCAUCACGGCCGGCGAGUAUGACCCGGAGCGCGGCUGCAACGUCCACGGCUUUAUCGAGAUCUCCAAGGUCGCCGGCCGUAUCCAUGUUACCCCGGGUCAUUCAUUUGAGUUUCAUGGUAGGACAUUGCAUGACUUGAGCGCUUUGCGGGACCAUCAAUUGGAUUUGAGUCACAAGAUUAGAAAGCUCAGCUUCGGCGAUCCGUACCCAGGGCAGACCAACCCCUUGGAUGGCGCCGAGAAGCAUGCGACCACGGAGGACGAUAAGCUAGGGCAGCAUGAGUACUUCAUUCGCAUUGUGCCCACUACGUACAAGUACUUAUUUUCGAGUCCGCUGAGGACCAACCAAUAUUCCCAGUCGUACUUUUUCCGACGGAGCGAUCCAAACAAGGGCGGCCAGCUCAUUCCGGGCUUAUUUUUGAGCUACGACUUGAGCCCGAUUCACGUGGAGGUGGCGGAAUCACGAAAGUCAUUUUUUCACUUUGUCGUGCAACUAUGCGCCAUCAUUGGGGGCGUGUUCACCGUAUCGUCUAUGCUGUCGACUUUCAUGGAUGACGUCGUACUCCGAGCGAUGCGCAAAUCCCAAACGGGGAAGCUCAUGUGA